AUGGUGCCUCCUCCACCAGCCAACAAGCCACAUGUCUGUCUAUCCUGUGUGCUAAUCAUGAGUAGCAUGGCUCUACUUGAUGCUUACCUGGUGGAGCAGAACCAAGGCCCACGGAAAGUCGGAGUCUGCAUCAUGGUCUUAGUGGGGGAUAUCUGUUUCCUUAUUGUGUUGCGCUACGUAGCAGUGUGGGUUGGCGCCGAAGUGCAAACGGCUAAGCGUGGCUACGCCAUGAUCCUGUGGUUCUUUUAUAUAUUUGUUCUUGAGAUCAAGGUGUACUUCAUCUACCAGAACUACAAGGUAGCUGGUGACUCUGUAGACACUUUGACUUGCAAAGCUUUGACGGUGCUGCUGUCUGUCUGCGUGCCGUUACUGUACGUCACCCUGGCUGCUAUAGACCAUAUGGAGUAUGUGCGACCGCUCAAGAAAAAGGAGGAGAUCCGCAGUCGCCUCUUCUGGGUGGUGGUGGACCUUUUGGACAUUUUGGAUGUACAGGCAAAUCUAUGGGAGCCUCAAAGGAUAGGGCUCCCCAUGUGGGUGGAGGGUGUGACGUUUUUUUACUGCUACAUCCUGCUUCUAGUGCUGCCGUGCGUGUCACUGAGUGAAAUAAGCAUGCAGGGGGUUAACAUAGUCCCUCAUAAGAUGUUGCUCUACCCUAUCCUCAGUCUGGUCACCAUCAACGUCGUCACGUUCUUCAUCCGUGGUGGGAACAUGUUGCUGUACAGGGACACUCGUGUGUCAGGAAUACUUAUGGCUAAGAACAUCUUGGCCAUCGUUCUGAAGAUCUGCAGCUUUGUGCAGUACCGAAGACACCUUCAGGAGACAUCAGCCCCUACCCCUGGCGUGGAACGCCACAAGAACUCUGUGUCCCAAGGUUCAACUGUAACAGUACCUGUUACAAUGUCAGCAACAAUGCCUGUUUCCGUCAGUAUGACUAUACCUCCAAAGGUAGUCAUUCAAGAUUUGACCACACUGCCAGAGGUAAGUGAGACUGAGGACACGUGA